UCUCUCCCAUAGGAUAUGGAUUAUUCCCGGAUCAUUGAGCGGCUCCUCAAGCUGGCCGUCCCGAACCACCUCAUCUGGCUCAUCUUCUUCUAUUGGUUCUUCCACUCCUGCCUCAACGUCGUGGCCGAGCUGAUGCAGUUUGGGGACCGGGAAUUCUACCGGGAUUGGUGGAACUCGGAAUCCGUCACCUACUUCUGGCAGAACUGGAACAUCCCCGUCCACAAGUGGUGCCUCAGGCACUUCUACAAGCCGAUGCUGAGGCGUGGGGCCAGCCGCUGGGCUGCUCAAGUGGCCGUGUUCCUGGCGUCCGCCUUCUUCCAUGAGUACCUGGUGAGCGUCCCCCUCAAGAUGUUCCGGCCAUGGGCGUUCAUGGGGAUGGUGGCGCAGAUCCCUCUGGCCUGGUUCGUGUCCAAGUUCCUGCGGAAUUACGGGAAUGCCGCCGUGUGGCUCUCGCUCAUCCUGGGCCAGCCAAUCGCCGUCCUCAUGUACGUGCACGACUACUACGUCCUCAACGCCGAGGGCCGCCCCUGAGCGGCGCCGCUCCCGGG